AUGGGGGUCGGAGACGAAGUAGCACCCCGCUUUACGACAAAGCCCUCCCUAAAACAGGAGGAUGGAGGCAAACGACUGGUAUUUUUGUGCGCCUUGGAAGCCUCCCCACAACCAGAAAUAACGUGGUUCCUUGGAAAUACAGAAUUGAAAGCCUCAGACAAACACAAAAUGAAAGUAGAAGCCAAAGGAGGAAUCGCAUACAACAUUGUAAUGGAACUUAUUGGGGUGGCAAAAGACGACGCAGGGACAUACAAAGUGGUAGCGAAGAACAAAUUGGGAGAGGUAUCAGCUAACAUCAAUUUGAACCUCGGUGGAGCAGCUAAAAAACAAGCCGAUGGCGUAGCACCAAAUUUCACCACAAAACCAUCCACCCGACAAGUAGGAAAAAAUCUUGUGAUGGAAUGUCAGUUGACAGCAGAGCCCAAACCAUCAUUAGAAUGGUUCCGUGACGAUGCGCCAAUAAAAAGCGGAGGUCGCAUUACGAUUAUUGCGGAAUCGAAAGGACCCCAAACCUACCUUUUAAAAUUAGAAAUCAAAGAUGUAGCAAACGGAGAUGCUGGGAACUACAAAGUUAUUGCCAAAAAUGAACUGGGAGAGAGCAACGCCACUAUAAAAUUGAAUUUUGACAGUUCUGCAGCGGACGCCGCUAAAGGCAAACCCAUGUUCACCGGCAAACCCGCAAUACGCCAGCUGGGCGAUAAACUUAUCAUAGAAUUUAGUUCCGCCCGUUCCGUAUGGAACUUUGACUCCUUCGGACUCCUUCGGACGCUGCAUUCGAACGAAAUCCGACCAAGCAUAGCAGGGGUCACUUCUCGUUGUUUCACUGUUACUGUGUGUACUUCGCCUUUCGACCGCAACACAUGCAACAGCGCACAAAGGUUGCAUUUGUUGCGAAGAGGACUAGCUCCCUCUGGCGCCGUUGUUAGCAACCAGAGUCGGAACGCUGAGACAGAAGGCUCUUUCAUCGGUCGUCAUGAUUCUCGGCGAAAGAAAGAAAACACCCUACCGGCCAAAGGGUUGCUAACGCUGACGCUGCUGCGAGGUGCCUUGAAAUCGCAGGGUUAA